UCCUUUAAGCAACUUCGAAAAAAACUCGAGAUUUCAUUUUGACGAAGUUUCAAAGUUAUUUUCCCUCAACUUCAAUUUCUUCAUUUCUCACGCGCCGCCGCCUCCUCCUCCCACGCGCCUUUCUCUUUUUUGUCCUCUUACUUUCCAACUCCCUUUCUUUGCUGUCCACUUUGGCUCCACUGUUCCUCCUUUUUUUUUUUUUUUUUUUUGUGUGUUAGUGGAGAGCAAUUUCCAACUUCCCCCCUUCUACUCCAACUCCUGUUUCUCGUUCUAUGAUUCUUCAGAGCUAAAGCUUAAGAUCUGAGCUGGGUUUUUGCUUUUGGGUCGGAAUUCUGAAUUAAGGGGGCUUUUGGGGGCCUUUAUGAUUCCGAGGCCUCUGAUGAGAAGAAGAGCAAAAUGGGGGGAGUCACUUCUUCAAUCGCUGCUAAAUUCGCCUUCUUCCCACCCACUCCGCCCUCUUACACUGUAAUCGCCGAUGAAUCCCGCGAUGGCCGUCUCUACAUUCCUGAGAUUCCCAGACGUGACGAUGUUGAUGUUCUUCGUCUUCGGACGCGUCGAGGGAAUGAUAUUGUGGCCGUCCAUGUUAAACACCCUAAACCUUCCGGUACUCUGCUCUAUUCCCAUGGGAACGCUGCUGAUUUGGGCCAGAUGUUCGAGCUUUUUGUCGAAUUGAGUGUUCGGCUUCGUGUUAAUCUUAUGGGGUAUGAUUAUUCUGGCUAUGGACAAUCAACCGGAAAGCCGACUGAAUGUAACACCUAUGCAGACAUUGAUGCUGCAUAUAAAUGCCUCAAGGAGAAGUAUGGGGUAAAUGAUGAACAACUAAUAUUAUAUGGUCAAUCGGUUGGUAGCGGCCCUACACUUGAUCUGGCUUCACGAUUAUCGAGCUUGAGAGGUGUGGUUCUACAUAGUCCAAUCUUAUCUGGACUGAGGGUAUUGUACCCUGUCAAACGGACUUAUUGGUUUGAUAUCUACAAGAACCUCGACAAAAUUGGUUUGGUGAACUGUCCAGUUUUAAUCAUACAUGGAACAGCUGAUGAAGUUGUUGAUUGGUCCCAUGGAAAACAACUUUGGGAGCUUUGCAAGCAAAAGUAUGAACCUCUAUGGCUAAGUGGUGGUGGACAUUGCAAUCUUGAGUUAUACCCUGAGUUCAUUAGACAUUUAAAGAAAUUUGUACAGUCACUUGGAAAAUCAAAAGCAUCAACUAAUGGUUCUGAGAAGGCUAAAGUAGAAAUUGACAAUCAGAACAAACCGUCUGAAACUGGGCCUUCUGAUACAUUCGAAUUGGCUGCCGAUCUUCCUGAAGUUUCCCGAAACAGUUUAGAUAGUCGGCUUGAGAAGUCAAAAAAAGCAAACAAGCCUGAGAAAUCUCGUAUGAGCACUGAUCGUGUUGAUAGGUUCAGGAAAAGAAAGGGUUUAGUGUGGUAAUCGAUUAUAUCAAUUCAUCUCGAAAUAAGCUAGCACUAAUCUCAACCGUGACCCCUUCCUACAACGAUGCAUCCAUUUCUACCAGAAGUGUACCAAUUGUGUGAUUCCCUCUUUUCUUUUCUUUUCUUUUCUUUUCUAUUUUUUUUCCCACUUUUCAUCUUUCUGUUUGUUCACAGAUGGAGUAACUUUUCAUUUAUAUAUCCCUUUUGUACAAACAGCAACAAGAUAAGAGCAAAACCUUUGCAAUUCUUGCGGAUCAAUUAUUGGUUAGAUGAAUUUGCUUUCUCAAUAUAGGUUUAAACAGGCUGAAAUGUUGAUGUACCAUGUUGGAUAAUUCAAUUCCCUGUAUCUAACUUUAAGCA